UUAUUGUUGAUUGACGCGCGCUUGUGGCACCGCGUGAGCGCGGUAGAUGUUAGUAGCGGAGAAUAAAGCGCUGUAAACGGGAAACCCGCGGAUUCUCCAUGGAGCUGAUUAACCAGCUCUUACUGCAGUACCCGCAGCUGCUGCUCGCGGGGGCCGGCGCGACCGCUGCGCUCACCGGAGGCGCUCUGGCGUACAGAAUAGCGAACAGAAAGAAACCAUCUCAUGUUAAUGUGAAUUGCUGGUUCUGUAAUCAAGACACAGAAGUUCCGUAUGGAAACCGAAACUGCUGGGACUGCCCAUACUGCGAGCAGUACAAUGGCUUCCAGGAGAACGGUGACUAUAACAAACCAAUACCUGCGCAAUACAUGGAGCAUCUCAACCAUGGAGUGUCAGCAGGAGUUCCUGUGUCUGAAGCUCCUAAGACUCUGCAGUGGGUCAACUGCCAGAUGCUGCUGUGCAAAAAGUGCAACACUAAUCAGACGCUGAAGAUUAAGCAGUUGGCUUCAUUCAUUCCCAGAGAGGAAGACAAUUAUGAUGAAGAAAUCGAGGUCUACAAGCAUCACCUCGAGCAGACGUAUAAGUUGUGUCGGCCUUGUCAGACAGCAGUGGAGUACUACAUCAAGCACCAGAACCGACAGUUACGGGCUCUGCUCUUCAAUCACCAACUCCGACGCAGCCGUGAUGCAGACAAAGCCUUCAUUAAGAGCAACUACCCUCUCUCCACACCUGCCUGGCUGGUAGGCUUCCGGACCAUGGCCUUCCUGGUCUGCGCUUUUCUGGUGGCAGUGGCCGUGUACGGAUCCGGGGAUUUAUCCUCUCAGCCCAACAGCCCACAGACCCUGAGCGGAGGAGUCCCCCCACCUAAGCGUGCCAUGCAAAACGAAACUGAUGCCAAGGCCAACAACAGCACCAAGGCCGAGCAGAUGUGGAACGAUCUGAUGGGCCUUCUUCCAGAGCAAGCUGUCGAGAAUGUCAAGCUGAUUUGGCAAUCUGGAAGCAACCACCAGAUGGCCGUUGCUUCUGUGGGCCUUCUGACUUGCAUAACCGGUGUCUUAAUGGCAGGCCCUGUCAGGUUGAGGAGAAUUGAUGCUGUGGCUUCCUUCCUCUGGCUCCUGGUUUUAUGCCUGUACUUUGUCGAGUGCUACCUCAAGACGGACAUCCCCGAUUGGCUGGACACGAUCAAGUUCAGCACCACCUCCCUCUGCUGCUUGGUUGGUUUUGCUGCUGCUGUGGCGACACGCAAGCCCAUGAGAAGAACCAGAGGCCGCAGGUAUCUGUCGGGCAGUUCUGUUGGGAUCUGCUACAGUGGUCAGUCUUCACUGCUCUCUGGAUCCUCUUCUUUCAUCCCUACACCUCCCCCCAACCUGCCGCAGCUUCUCGCCCACCAACAAAGCCACAAGACCCGCAAAGCUUCCCCCUCCUCCCUGCCGGGUCGCCUCAACAGAGCCCUCUCUCUGGGCACCAUUCCCUCUCUAGCCCGCACAGAUUCUGGCUUCCUGUUCAGCGGGAGUAGACCGUCCUCACAGUGCAAAGACUCUCCACCCUCAGUUUUCUCCAUAUGUGUAGAUUACUACUCUCUGAAGUCUGGAAGCCGGCCGUCCUCCCCCGGCCCCUCCCCCACCCCGUCAGUGGCAGGUUCAGUCACGUCCACCUCCAGCUCGGCCAGGCAGCGCCGGCCUCUCAUCAGCCCGGCACGGCUGAACAUCAGCGGGCAGAAGCUCCAGCUGUUCCCCUCUCCUUUAGACUCUGUGAACCUGCCUCCUCCACCACCCUGUGUCUCUGAAUCCAGCCACUUCCACAGCAGAGCGUUCAUACCAGAUGUUCCUCACUUUCCCUCACAAAAUCAUGACUUGGGUUCGAUAUUUGAUGACGCGAGUGUUUUUGAUCAUGUGGAGAAGAAAAAGAGCAGCUCUACAGGGUCAUCCAACUGCCAUGUGGACACAACAACCGGGAAUGAAAACGACAGCAAAUCUAACUGGAAAGGUCGCGUCGGUCGCUCUCUAUGGCCAGGACUUCUGUUUGCCAGCUUGACUGCCAACCUCACCUUUAUGUGGUUGUAUCUGUAUUAUAACUGGAGAUGAGAAGGAGCUCUAGGACCAGCGUCUUCCUGACGUGCUGACUUCAUGAGCAUUUACACUACUGGUAGCUGUUUUUUGCUGCUUGUUUGUUGAUCUACAAAGUUUCUUCACAAUCUUUUGGCAUGUUUUGAGUCAGGUUUUGUGAAAACUUUCUUAUUGGUUGGUAUUAAAUACCACUUCUGCUCACCGAGGGGAGCAGCUCUAACACAUGGCAGAUUUUGUAAGAUGUUCUGUAACAUUUUAAGAGCAUGUUUUGUUUAAUUGAAGAGAAUUGGGUCUUCUGAUUUACCAUGUUUGAGUAUUUGUGUGCUGAUGUGCUAUGUGCUGAUAUGCAGUAUAAUAAGGUUUUUAUUAACGUCUCCCAUCAGGUGUAAUAUUAUUACACAGCUUUAACAGGAGUGUUCUAAUGUGAAUUUACAUGGUGCUAUAGUCUGUAUGAUUGUGUUCAUACUUUUCUCCUGUCAGCAUUUUCCCAAUUGUAAAGAUAAGAGAGGAUAUUGGUUGUUGUGACUGUAAUCCUGUACCUGUUAACUUUGGUAUAAAUUGACAUUAUAUUAUUUACAUUUUGGACCUGGUAAUAAUGUCAACAUGCUAAUUGCCAAAUAACUAAUUUGUCGAAAGAUGUAAAUGAUGUUUAAGGAUGUUUAUCACCAUUUAUUGGUGUCCUGAGAUUUGAGUUUUGUGUCUUUUGUGACGAUAGCUCUUUCUGUUUCUAUGAAACAGAUCCAUACAUUUGAUACAGUACUGUUUGUAGAUACAGAAUAUCACCUCAAUAUUUCUCAAUGUUUUCUGGUUCAUAUUCUGCAUGUAUUCUCUUUCAUUUGAGAUGCAUUCAUACACUAAACUGAAAAUAUUAAGUAUUUCUGAAAUACUUAAGGAGCAACUUGACUUUAUGAUGUUAGUUAAACUACUUGAAAAGACAUUCAGGCUCAGAGUUCCAGAAUAAAUGUGUGCUGUGUUUUAUUUGCUGCAGAAGAUAUAAUUUUAAGAGAAUGCUAAAACUGAACUUCUUAAUUUUGCAUUUUCUUUCUUUAGUUUUCCCUGUACAGAAAUGUCUUAAUGAGGACCUUCACGCCUGCGAAGUGUGUACAGUGUAUUUAGUCCAUUGUGAAUGUGUAUUUAUUGAUCUGUAUAGUGAAAACACUGGCAAGGUAUGAAUGAAGAGUCAGCAGACAGAUAAACAUGUAAAUACACUCCAUGUCUGUAAAUAAAACAUUCCCUCAAAUCA